UUUUAAUCAAAAGUCCACCUGAUCAUAAAAUCCACCAAAACCACCCUCCAAAAAAAAUUGUUUUUUUUUUUUUUGCAAACAAGUACUCAUAUAAUAUAAUUAAAAUGAGUGAAGCAUACAAGGAUCAUACCUAUGAAGAUGAACAGCAGCAGCAGCAGCCACCAUUGCCGCCAUAUCAGUAUGGAACUUUCCAAGGCGUUAGCAACUAUCCACCGCCGCAGCCAGCGCCGGUGAUGGGUUUCCCGCAGCCAGCACCACCCCCCGGAGCUACUGGCAACCCUUAUGUUCAUGGUUACCAGGCUGUUACAGGUUAUGCAGUUGCUGAAGGAAGACCAGUAAGAGAAAGGCGUCUUCCAUGCUGUGGCAUUGGUUUAGGGUGGUUCUUGUUAAUUCUUGGUUUCUUCUUGGCUGCUAUACCUUGGUAUAUUGGAGCAUUCAUUUUAAUAUGUGCUAGAUAUGAUCACCGCGAGAAACCUGGAUACAUUGCGUGCUUAAUUGCUGCUAUUCUUGCAACGAUUGUUGUGUUAUUUGGAGUUACAAAUGAUGACUGGGACUGGGACUUCGACUGGUAGAGUCUACCUAAGACGGCAAAGUGGGUUGUACAGGGUUAUGAAAAGGGAUUGAUGCAUAUAUGGAAUCAAUUCCGUUAGAGGUUCCCCCUCAAUUUCUGUUGCAAUUGUGGUGUAUUUCUGUGUGAAUCAUGAAAAUAAAUAAUUACACUAUUCGUUCGACCAUGAUUGUUACAGGUAAUUCCAUGAAAUUGUGUUCAGGUUC